AUGUCUUCUUCAUUCUCUCUUCUCACACAUUCAUGGCGAUUCUACAAAGGAAAAAAUCCCACAUAUUUUCAGACCCACCCCCAUCUCCUAUCGCCACCGGCAAAGGAACCCGAUCGGCAGCGAUCAAUGAUGAGAUCUUCACCGAAUACCUUGAGAGAUCCCUCAAAAUCCCCCACCUCCAAUUGCCAGAAUCCCAUUUUUCCGACCAAACUUCUCGCCGAAUUCCCGCCAUCAUCUCGCUACCUUCUCUUAUUUCAAGAGACCCCUCCUCAAUAAACCGACUUCUCUCUUCAUUAAAAGAUUUUGGCUGCUUCGAAUUGGCUGAUCAUGCUUUGCUAGGGGAUGAUUUUUCACCAUUGAAUGAGAAUUUAGACAAUUUGUUCGGGGCACUAGAUGAUAAGAAGAAGACAAUUUGCAAGAUAUUCAAGGUCUUUCUUAGUGAUUCCGGCCAUGUGGCUGGAAUCAGGGAAGAGGUUCGGUGGGCUUCGCCGGAAAAGGAAGAAGUGAAGGCAGUUCUCCGACCGGAAAGUUGCACGACGGUUUGCAAAAAUAUGGAAGAAACUUCGUGUGGAUUCAAGAAGAUCGCAGAAAUUUUGGGUCAGAUUUUGUCAGAAAAUACCAAAAAUCAAGUAACACGGAGAAUUCAAGAGAGUGAACCAGGCCUGUAUGUAAACAAAUUCAGUCACGAAAAUUUUGAAGGAACAAAUUCAUAUUUGGAGGAAAAUGGAGAAUGCACAGGUGAUGCACCACACGCUUUAAGCCUUCAUUGGAGCAUGUGGCUUCGGUUUUGCUUCCGGACUCCGAGAGGUUCAUUCUCCUUCAGGCCUGACAUCGGAAACAUAGUCGUCACAGCCGGAGACCAUUUACAGGAAUGGAGCUAUGGUUUAUAUGAAAGUGUAAGUGGGGCCGCAUACUUUGUUCCUGAUGAGGAAUGCAAUUCAGCUCUCUCCUUAACAUUCAAGUGUACACCUUCCACAUUAUUUCUCAAGUCAAUGAAGGUCAUGAAGAAAAUCUCAUUUUGUGACCAACUCCUAAUUGCUUUGGCCUUGGCUUUCCUAUUCAAUUUCCUAACCUAUAUUUACACCAAAUUUUCAAACACCAUGUCUUAAUGGUUUCUUGGAAAAGGGUAAAAGUUUUCUCAUCUUUAGGGAAAUAAUGAAAAGGGAUUAUAUAGGUUUGUAUAAAUCUUGGAAAUUCCAUGGGUGAGAGCAAAUGCAAUGUAUAUAAGAUUUUUUUUUUUUUUAUAUAUUUUUUUAUUUGGUGGAGUUGGGGAAUAAAGUUGAUGUAAUAGUGUUGUAUAUGAAGUACUUGAUUCUAUUGGUUGUGUGGAGAAUAAGUUUAUUGUAAACCUUACAGCUUGUUCAAAAAUACAAUAAAAAUAUGAGGAGAAUCACUUUGGAUGAAAUGGUGGAUGGAACAUUUUUUUUUCAAAAAAUUUAUUAUUUUCCUCUUAA